CGAGCGGCUCUCACUAACGGCCGGCGGGAGCGCGAGCGGCCCGGAGUUGGCCCCGCCCCCGGCCUCUGUGAGUGGAGCAACACUCGAGGGCGGUAGUGUUCUCCAGGAGGCGUCCUGCGCUUUCAAACCUUCUUUCUUCAUGAAGGUUUGAAAAAGUAAUUCUGCAAGGUCCACCAGGAGCUUUUGCUGCGUGCAGCAGUUGUGCUGCGCGAAGAGCAAGUCGUUUGAAUGAGACGAACAAAGUGAGAUUAAGACGAGCGCUAGAGGUCUCCAGCCUAUCUGCAGUAUCUUCUGGCCAUCCUCUGCACUCAGAAGCUCUUCCAAUCUUUAUGUUGUCGGCAAACUUAAUAAUCAAGCUACCUACAUUCUCCACUGAAUCAUUAUAUAACAUUACAAACAACAGGGGUCGCAGCACUGAUCCAUAUGAAGCACCACUGGUCAAAGAGUCCAGUCAGAAAAACUCCCUUCCACCACUACUCUAGGGGCAGGCAAUGGCCUCGUGGUAUCAUCGCUGGACUGUCUGGCCUGCAUGUAACUCCAGACUCUCAGCAAUGUUGUUGACUCAUAACUGCCCUCUGGGCACUUAGGAAUAGGCAAUAAAUGCUGGCCUAGACAAGAAACACCCUCAUCCUGUAAAUGAAUAAGAAAAGAAAUCUGUCUUUAAUGACUAAUCCUGUUCUGUAUACAUCUUCCCCGGUCACCACGGAUCUAUGUAAUCAUUUUAUAUUAGCCUGCUACGAGGGGCCUUGUCAAAGGCCUUGCUAAAGUCCAUAUAGGCAAAUCUACCUUCCCUCAACUGGCAUUGACCCGAGCAGUGUAGAAGACAAUGCCUGAAACAGCCCUUUCAACCCUCCAAAAUCCUCCUUAUUAACGUCUGGGGAGCUAGUGCCACAGUUGGGAGACAAAAACAAAGUUGCUGGAAAAGCUCAGCUGGUCUGGCAGCAUCUGUGGAGGAGAAAAAAAGAGUUAACACUUCGGGUCCAGUGACCCGUCCUCAGAAUGGGAGAGCUGUCUCUCAAACUAGUCAAGCAAUGACCUGACAAUGUCCCAGACACUACCAAUACCAUCCCUGGAUAUGUACUGUCCUACUGGCAGGACAGACCUAGCAGAGGUGGUGACGCAGUGGUUAACAGUCGGGAGAGAGUUGCGUUGGGAGUCCACAACAUUUUCUCUGGACCUCAUGAAGUCUUGUGCGCUUCAGGUUAAACGUGGGCAAAGAAACUGCCUGCUGAUUACCAUGUACCACCCUCCCUCAGCUGAUGAAUCAGUACUCCUCCAUGUUGAGCAUCACGUAGAGAAGCAAUGAGGAUGGCAAGGGCACAGAAUGAACUCUGGAUGCGGGAUUUCAAUGCCCACUAACAAGAAUGCCUUGGCAGCAGUACUACUGAUUGAACUAGUCAGGGACCUAAAGAACAUAGUUGUUAACCGGGGUCUAUGGCAGUUGUGAGGGAACCAACAGGAAAAAAACGUACUCUAUCUCUUCCUUAGAGUAACCACCGCAUAGUCCUUUUGGAGACAAAGUCCUGCCUUCACGUUGAGAAUAAUCUCCAUCGUGUUGUAUGACACUAUCAAUAUGCUAAAUGAGACAGACUUCGAGUAGAUAUAGCAACUCAAGACUGGGCCUGUGGACCAUCAACAACAGCAGAUUUGUACUCCAGUACAAUCUGCAACCUUGUGGCCUGGCAUUUCCCCACUCAACCAAGCCUGAGAAUCAACUCUGGCUCAAUGGAGAGUGCAGAAGGGCAUGCCAGGUGCAGCACCAGGCAUACCUGAAGAUAAGGUGCCAAUGUGGUAAAGCUACCAAACAGGAUGUCUUGCAUGCGAAACAGUAAAACAGCAAAUGACAGAGCUAAUGACCCCACAACCAACAGAUCAGAUCUGAGCUCUGCAGUUCUGCCACAUCCAGUCAUGAAUGGUGAUGAAUGAUUAAAAAACUCACUGGAGGAGGAAGCUCCACAAAUAUCCCUCCAUGCUGAAAAAGCCCAACACAUCAGUGCAAAAAGAUAAGCGUCUUUGAGGCAUGCCGCUACUGCUCUUCCAGCUAAUACUCCCCAGGGGCAGGUUGACCUACCCCUCUGUCAAGAGACAAGACUUUCUGCUGAGCAAUAGUUUAAGGAGCUAAGGCAACAACAUCUUCAAUCGCCUUUCUACCCCACGUUUUCUAUGUUAUACAUGAUGUACUAAAUCAAUUUCUGCAGGACAUGAAUUUAUUUGGAAUUUGAAAUCAGACUGCAUUCUGAAUACUGGAUGAAGGACUUGGAAAUUCUCGUGCAUUUUAUUUUUAACUUGACUGUCAAAGUGAAAUCUGUUCGAAAUAAUGCCAUCACAGAAACAACAAAGCUGAAGUGACUCCCAAAUUUCCUGUUUUCUGGAACAACAUUGUUGAAAGACUUUGUUUUCUUUCUCUUUCCCUCAAAUUCAGAAAAAAAGAACAUUUAUUUGAGGUUCCUUAUUUGAGGUGUACUUCCAGUCAUGGCUAUUACAGUCACAGUGUUUGUACUAAUGCUUUGUAGUAGAACUGUGAGUGAAAGUCAGCAAUGGAACUACCCAGCAGAAACUGAAACAUUGGAUUUUGGAUCAGUCCCUGUUGUGAACUAUGAGUCUAAUGUAUAUUAUGAUCCUGGAAUUAUAGGAUUCUUAUUUCAACUGGCACGCACUUUCCUCCAUGUAGUGCAACCAAAUAGCUUUCCUCAUGAGUUGAUCAUUGAGAUAAUAAAGCAGAACUAUGGACAAGUACUACAUCAAUAUCAAGAGCCAGAAAAGGUUGUUCUGACUCUACAGAUAAUUUACUAUGAGAUUGGUUUCAUCAUCUGUGCGAUUAUGGGAAUUGUGUUUAUUCUUCUCAUGCCUCUUUUGGGCCUAUGUUUCUGCAUGUGUCGUUGCUGUGACAACUGUGGAGGGGAGCUGCAUCAACGACAGAAGAAAAAUGCAGAUUGUCGAAGAAGCUGCUUUGCAACAACCCUGUUUUUUGUUACCAUAAUUAUAACGGCUGGAACACUGUGCAUGUUUGCUGCUAACCAAAAUCUCACCAACCAAAUUAAAAGAGUUAAGGAGUUGGUCAACAAUAACUUCCAAGACCUACACUCUCUGCUUGAUUACACACCAAUGCAACUAAAUUACAUUGCACAACAAUACAGCAUUGCUAAGAACAACGCACUGUCUGAUAUUAACAAUAUUGGGACUAUACUUGGUGGUAAUGUAAAAGCACGCUUUGGAAAAGAUGUAAUCCCUGCACUUGAGGAUUCCAAUGACUUGGCCAGAGUCACAGUGGACAGGGCUAUCAAAGCCAUCAAAGAAACCAAGGAAGUUUUAGAGAAGGUGGCAACCUCACGUCAAACGUUAGAUAACGCAACUAGCAAACUUCAGGCAAAUUUGACCGAUGUGCGAACAAGUCUCAACAACACAUUGAAUGAUGCAGCUUGCAAAGUACCUGAUGCAAUUACACAUUGUGACAAAAUAAGGGAUUCACUGGACUAUCUCAAUAUUAAUGCAAACUUUAGCCAGUUAAAAGAUGUUGAUUCUGAACUGAAGAAAGUAAGUGAUGUGCAGAAAACUGACUAUGAAGACUUGAUUCAGAAGGGAUAUUCAGCAUUUAAUAAUACACCAGAAGUACUUCAAAAUGAAACCAAAUCAUUUGCGUCAGAUGCAAAAAGAGUACUCAAUGAAGUUGAAGAGAGAAUUUCAAGUUUAAGUAGGGAGCCUGGCAUUGGCAAUAUAAUUAAUACCUCUACGGCUUAUCUUAAUCAGGGACAGAGAUACUUUCUUGAGUAUUUUCCACAUUUGGAAAAAUAUGAUUUCUACAGAUGGCUUGCUGGUGUUGCACUCUGCUGUGCUGUGAUUCUUAUCCUUGCCUUCAAUUAUCUUGGUUUGCUUUGUGGAACAUGUGGCUUUGACAAGCAUGCUUCUCCAACUACAAGAGGCUGUGUAUCAAAUACAGGAGGCAACCUUCUUUUAGCUGGAGUUGGAAUCAGCUUCAUCUUUUCCUGGCUUAUGAUGCUAGUAGUUUUGGUGACCUUCAUUGCAGGUGGAAAUAUUGAAAAACUUGUUUGCCAGUCUUUAAAAGACAAGAGUUUAUUCAAGGUUCUGGACACUCCUUAUUUGUUAAACUCACAUUGGAAACAUUUCCUUUCUGGAUUUCUGUUUUCUGAGCACAACAUAAAUCUCACUUUUCAAAGUGUAUACAGCAAAUGCCGCAAAAAUGAAGGAAUAUAUUCAGCUUUGCAGCUGCAACAUUUAUUUAACAUAGAUCGUGUAAAUCUCAGUGGGCGUGCAACUUGUCUGACUGAGAAUUUUGCAAAGAUUGAUGUGAAUUUAAGUAAUAUAGUAAUAUUGGAUGAGGAAGCCAAAAAGAGUCUUCAUGAUUUUGGUGAAAGUGGCAUUGACACAAUUGAUUUUACUGCCUACUUCGUUGAGCUCAAGAAAAGUGUGACUAUGGCGGAUCUUCGCACAUUUGCGAAUAAUCUAGAGGCGAAAGCGAAUUCAUUGCCUGCAGGAGCCCUAGCGAAUGCAUUAAGAGGCCAUGUAAACAAUAUUCGAGCAAUCCACAAGCAGCAAGUUAUACCACUAGAACAAACUUUGAAAUAUGUUGAAGCCCGGAACACAUUGAAUGAAAGUAUUGGAACACUCCAAAACUCAGCAGCAAACUUAAAGAUAAAAGUGGGAGGUAUACUUAAUUCUGUUGAAGCCGCUCAAUAUCUAAUCAACAACAAUGGUACCGACAUUGUGAAGCAGGAAAUGUAUAAUUACUGCGAGACUGUAGUUGGCUACAUUACUGAAUAUUCAGAGUGGAUCGAGGAUGCUAUGAACAAUGAAGUUGCGGUCUGUAAGCCAAUUGCUAAUGCUGUGGAUGCAUCUGAUAUGAUACUGUGCGGUUUUAUAGUGGAUUCGCUGAAUGGUUUUUGGUUCAGCCUUGGAUGCUGCACAGUAUUUUUAAUACCAAGUAUUAUAAUUGCUGUGAAACUGGCCAAAUUCUAUCGGCGGAUGGAUACAGAGGAUGUAUAUGAUGAGCUCAACCGAAUGCCCAUCACCUGCUUACAACAGCUGCUACUGUUGCUGCUUAUAGUGACUCUUGUCAGGAAAUCUGUUCUCCUGGUUUGUGAUGCUCAUCUGUCAUGGACCAUCAUCAUACAUCCACAGUAGCUCAUCUGCAAUCACAAUGUAACAUUUACCAGCCAACUUUGCCAAAGUUGACCACACUUCCUUGUUGCCCUCCACUUGCCUUUUAGCAGAGAUCUCUGUAGCUCUUCAUCCCUGAUCAAAUGGCUGAAAUGCUGACAUUUUCAUUCCUGAAUGUCACUUUUUAAGAGUUGUUUUUUGUCUUGCAAUUUCAAGUUAUAAUUUAGCACUAUUGAUAUAAACUAACACAGUGCACAAAUAUGAUUAAUUUUAUCUUACCUGUAAUCUUGGUGUGAAGCAGAGAUGAGAAUUGCUGUUAUCUUUUGUCUGUUAUACUGUUCACUAUGAGUGAAACAGCUCUAAUAUUUUAUGUUUAACACAGACCAUUCAUAUAGUUGCUAUUGGCUAAUUGAUAACUGACAAUGAUCUAAUAUUAUGCAUUAAAAUAAAAUCUAAAAUUAAUUUCCAUAUUCACUAUAGUUCACAAUUUCCUUAACGGCCAAGUUUUAAACUGUUAGAAGUAGCAGGACGUGUAUUUGUGAAUCAUGACUUUCUUAGCCCAUGUAUUCUUGAAAGUAAUUUGUGGAAUGAAACGUAAAAGAAAAAAUUAAACUGGAGGAAAUCAAGGCUUUUGAAUUUGGUCCAAUUGAAACGAUGCAAAGUUCAGAAUGUGUUUUGGUCUAAGUUAUUUCAGUAGAAUCCCAUAAGUUGCAAGGUGGAUCAGCUCUGCGAAUGAAUGCAUGUUCACAUAGCACCAAAUGGAAAUCUCUCUAAGAAUUGAAAUAGUCAUCCUCUAGAUUGAUAGGAUUUACGCGGACUAAUUUUUAUUAUACAGUCUAAUGUUUCUCUAAUAUGUAAGAUAGCGAUAGUUCAUUUCAGUGAAAAGGUGGUUGAAAGCAUGUUUUGUCUGAUUUGAAUGGGUAGUGAUGCAUAUCGCGUGUAAACACUGACAAACUAUAAUUAGUUUCCUAGUGUACCCAUAUGUGCCUUUUAAAGUUAUUUUCAUGAGAUUUGUGGUGUUAUAAAUUUUGCUUCAAUUUAGUAAUAUGUAAAUAUUUUGAAUGUACAUUCAAAGGCA